ACCUCUGUAUAUCAGUGGAGCCCAGAAACUCAGGGUAUCAUCUUUAGCUCCAUCAGCUAUGGAAUAAUACUGACUCUGAUCCCAAGUGGAUAUUUAGCAGGGAUAUUUGGCGCAAAGCAGAUCCUUGGUGCUGGUUUGCUGAUUUCUUCUCUUCUCACUCUUUUUACACCAUUGGCUGCUGACUUGGGAGUGAUUUUGGUCAUUGUGAUUCGGACUGUCCAGGGCAUGGCCCAGGGAAUGGCAUGGACAGGUCAGUUUACAGUUUGGGCAAAAUGGGCUCCUCCACUUGAAAGAAGCAAGCUCACCAGCAUUGCAGGAUCAGGGGCAGCAUUUGGUUCCUUCAUCAUCCUCUGUGUUGGGGGAUUAAUCUCACAAGCAUUAGGCUGGCCUUUUAUCUUCUAUAUCUUUGGUAGCAUUGGCUGUGUCUGUUGUCUCCUGUGGUUCACAGUAAUUUAUGAUGAUCCCCUGCAUCACCCAUGCAUAAGUGUCAGGGAAAAGGAAUACAUCAUAUCUUCACUGACUCAACAGUCCAGUUCUCCUAGACGAUCUGUCCCCAUAAAGGCCAUGGUCAGAUGCCUACCACUUUGGGCCAUUUUCGUGGGAUUUUUCAGCCAUUUCUGGUUAUGCACCAUAAUCAUAACAUAUCUACCAACAUACAUCAGUACUGUGCUCCAUGUUAACAUCAGAGAUAGUGGGGUUCUGUCCUCCCUGCCUUUUAUUGCUGCCUCAAGCUGUACAAUUUUAGGAGGUCAAUUAGCAGAUUUCUUCCUGUCCAGGAAUCUUCUCAGCUUAAUUGCCGUUCGAAAACUCUUCUCAUUCCUUGGGCUACUGCUUCCAUCACUAUGUGCUGUGGCCUUGCCCUUCGUGACUUCCAGUUACAUGGCAACCAUUAUUUUGCUGAUACUUAUUCCUGGGACCAGCAACCUGUGUGACUCAGGGUUUAUCAUCAACACCCUUGAUGUUGCCCCCAGAUAUGCAAGUUUCCUCAUGGGAAUCUCAAGGGGAUUCGGGCUUAUUGCAGGAAUCAUCUCUUCUACUACCACCGGAUUCCUUAUCAGUCAGGAUUCUGAGUCUGGCUGGAGAAAUGUAUUUUUCCUGUCUGCUGCUGUCAACAUGUUUGGUCUGAUCUUUUACCUCACAUUUGGACAAGCAGAAAUCCAGAACUGGGCUAAAGAAAGGACUAUCACGCACCUCUGAGACUGGAGAGUCACAAACUUAAAUGUAGUACUGACCUUAACUUAUUAACAUUUUUGCUUAUUAACAUUCUUUGUUCAUAUUGUGGACCAUAGAC